AUGCUUCAACUACGGACCAUGCUACUGCGCCCACGGCAUGUGGGAUGGAUAGAGCCAUCCAUCCUUUCAGCUCGGCAAUUUUCCGUAUCCAGGACAUCGAAGGCAGAUUCACCUCCACCCACUCAAUCGAAUUCUUCCAAAUCGUCAGUCGACCGACCAAGGAAACGAAUCCCGCCUGCACAAUUAAAGUUCAACAGUCCCAGUCCAGACAGGCCUCGUCCGCGCCGAAUCAUCGAUGCGAGGUCUUUGGCAGCCUCUAAACCUGGUGGCCAGCCAGCAAAUAUCCUUAAAGGCCCACGCCGCUCAGCAGGUCGAGGUGGGACGUCGGCGCGUACACGAAAGCCCUAUAACUCGAAGCCGGCGUCGCGCAAAUCUGGCCACUUUCCUCAGAAAUACUCAAGUGCAGAGGAUAAUGAUACGGACCAGAUUAUUGAACUUGAAAAUGUGUAUCGAGAACUUGCAGAGAAAACAAACCCCACCCGCACUCGCUAUCAGCCUGAGUUCUCUGACUUACAGAGCUUGAGUGAGACAUGGCCGUCAUUGCCGACAGAUAUUACGGCGACUACUGCAGGCAUUUCUGAGAAACUUUCGCUACUUAGUGAACGCUAUCCGAAUGGCUACGUCCCACCUUACGUACUCGGCAAGCGACUUUUUGAGGGGAAAUUUGUCCAGUUCCGGAGUGAGGAGGAGCAGGCCGAAGCUCUAGACGCCGCCAAAAAAUUUGCCCAGGAGGCUGCAGACAAGCUCUCACAGGAAAAGGGCGAGUUGGUAGAUCCCGAGGCCUUGACUUUCAAAGGCGUGGAAAGUGCAGAGCAUAGCUCUUUGGUUGAGUCUCUAGUUCAGGGAAAGUAUCCCACGGUGGGUAUACCGCAGGCCAGCAAGCCCACUGUUAUCGGUGAGGUUCUAAAAAGCCUGAGAAACAACGAGACUUACCAAGCUUCCGGGAAAAAGACACAAUUCAUGGCAAAGCUAGAAUCACUCCUAACUGUCAACCGCCCAGCCAAAAGUGUUUGA